AAUAUUACCUCCUGUGGGAUUUUGUGAAUUAUCAAGCAGAAAAUAUAAGUGAUCUUAUUGGAAUACCGCAUUUGAUCAUCUGAAGCAUUUAGAUUUAGAUCUUUUGUUACCUAUCGUUAUAAACGCUGUAAACAAAUGUCCGUUAAAACAUUGAAUAAAACUACAGAGAGUCAGGAUAGCACUUCACCGAACUUGUGUAUACGUCUACUAAUGGAAGAAAUUGAUGAUUUGCGCAAACCGUCAUUCUGGAAAGCCGUUGUGGCGGAAUUUCUUGGUUGUUUCUUUCUGUUGAUAUUUGCUGUAGGAGCUGGACUUCAUGAAGAAGGAACUCGUGGGCAUGGAAGUGUACAUAAUAUUCUAGCUUCAGGAUUUACAAUAGCUGUGUUGAUAUCGGUGUUUUUAACAGUGAGUGGGGCACAUGUUAACCCAGCUGUUAGUAUAGGUUUUGCUGUGAACCGUCAGAUUAGCUUUGUUCGAUUUAUUUUCUACAGUAUUGCUCAGGCAGGAGGUUCAGUUGCUGGUACUGCUUUAUUGAAAGCUAUUACACCAGCAUCUAAAAUUGGUAACCUUGGAUUAGUACUACCAGCCAAGCAUGUCACAGCCGAGCAAGCUCUAUAUACAGAAAUCAUCAUAACGUUUUUCUUAUUAUUCGCAAUAUUCGCCCUGAUCGAUAAAGACAGGAAUGAUGUCAAAGGAUCCAUUCCGUUUAUGGUUGGCUUGGUUGUUUGUGUGAAUAUAUUUUAUGGGAGUAACACUUCAGGGGCCGCCAUGAAUCCUAUUAGAGCUUUUGGACCGGCAGUGAUUACUGGUAACUUGCAACAACAUUGGAUAUAUUGGGCUGGUCCACUGAUAGGAGGAGCAGCCGGUGCCUUUGUGUAUGAUAAAAUAUUCUCUGUUGCAUCAUCCAAUUCUGGUAUAAAAUCAUGCUGCCUUGGCUCCGAGUCAUAUGAAGCUGUCAAAACAAGUGAUGACCCCAUAAUGGUUCCAACAGAUCACAACCACGAGGAGAAAAUGCCACUUGCAUCAUCAAUGCAUGAUAUUUCUACAGUGUAAUAUGCUGCAGCUCGAAAUAUUUGCUUUUUUAGCUUAUAAAGCAGAUAUUUAUAGGGCGAUAUCACUUUAGAUGAGAAAGAUGAAGAUUCGAAUUUUUGAAUGGAUUAAAUAUUGGUAUAUUCAGAAUACUAAUGCAAGGUGCAAGUUCACGUCUUGUAUCCUAGUGGUUUUGUGAAAUUGUAUGCAUUGUAUAAUAUUAUUCUACUUCAUUUAACGUUCAGCGAUAGCUCCUAAUCGGACUUGUCAAUCUGAUUCCCAUUCUUUAACAUGUUUUACAUUUUGAAUCUCAUCCCGUAACCAAAUUGUUUUACAAUAGUCACCCUGUCGGUAAUGGUCAAUAAAACCAAAGACAAAACCGUUAACAUGUGUUAGUCAUAUUAUUAUAGAUUAUAUCGAUAUAUUGAUGUUUAUUGUUUUAUAAGUAUAAAAUAUUGUUAAGCAAUUUCCAGUAUUUUAUAAAUAACCCACUAUAAGAUAAAAUCAGUGUACAAAUGAAAGUUCCCCCCAAUGCCUGAAUGUGUGUUCGUGCCCAACAUAAAAUGGUGGUAGUCUGUAUAAUUCUUUGAAAUUCGCAGUUAUCUACCUUUAUAUUUGAAUAUCUCCCACUUCUAUGAUACAUACAUAGCUACAUUUCAUCUCGUAUGCGCCUCUGUAAUGCAGACUUGAUCGUGCUUCUGGAAAGAAAUUAAAAGAAAAACAGAAC